GAGUGACGUCACCACGCGCUCCAGGAGGAAGCGGAGGAUUACGAGCUCGAGCACGAACUGAAACCGCGUAGAAGUAACGACGAGUAGAAGAGCGCGAGUCGGUCCGAGUUCCGCCUCCGGAAUAUCGGCGAGCCUGUUGCAUUACGUUGGAAAACCUAACACACUCACACACACACACUCACACACACACUCACACACGCACACACACACUCUGAUCUGACAGCAACUUUCUGUCAGCUGCACGAGGAAUUAUUUUGUUUACAUUGUUUUGGUUCUUUAUAUCGUGCCAUGGCUGAUGUCACUGACUCGUCCUCAGCGGACGUCGCGAACCGAUUCGCCCGUAAAGGAGCGUUGAGGCAGAAAAACGUCCACGAAGUGAAGAACCACAAAUUCACCGCGAGGUUCUUCAAGCAACCGACUUUCUGUAGCCACUGCACCGACUUCAUCUGGGGCUUUGGAAAACAGGGAUUCCAAUGCCAAGUGUGCUGUUUUGUGGUCCAUAAGCGUUGCCAUGAGUUCGUCACGUUCUCCUGCCCCGGAGCGGACAAAGGACCCGAUACAGACGAUCCAAGAAGCAAACACAAAUUUAAGAUCCACACCUAUGGCAGCCCGACAUUUUGCGAUCACUGCGGCUCGCUGCUGUACGGCCUCAUCCACCAGGGCAUGAAAUGCGAUACAUGUGACAUGAACGUCCAUAAGCAGUGUGUGCUCAAUGUACCAAGCCUGUGUGGGAUGGACCACACGGAGCGACGGGGACGAAUCUUUUUGAAGAUUGAUGUAAAAGGAGAGGAGAUGCACGUUACAGUGGGCGAGGCUAGAAACCUGAUCCCGAUGGACCCUAAUGGAUUGUCUGACCCGUACGUGAAGCUUAAGCUUAUCCCCGACCCAAAAAACGAGACCAAACAGAAGACCAGGACAAUCCGCUCUUCACUCAACCCCACCUGGAACGAGUCCUUCACGUUUAAGCUGAAACCAACAGAUAAGGACCGCAGGCUUUCUGUGGAGAUUUGGGAUUGGGACAGAACCACUAGGAAUGACUUCAUGGGUUCAAUGUCCUUUGGAGUAUCCGAGCUUAUAAAGUGUUCAGCAUGUGGAUGGUUUAAACUGUUGAACCAGGAAGAGGGCGAGUAUUACAGCGUGCCCAUUCCUGAGGAGGAUGAUGGAAACGUGGAGCUCAGGCAGAAGUUUGAGGGUAAAACAAUAGAAGACCAUAAAAAGAAAGCUAAGCUUGGUCCUGGUAAGAAAGCCGUCACCCCAAUUGAUGACAACGCUAGUGUGCCCUCCGUUAAUCUCAACGAGGUCAAACUCACCGAUUUUAACUUUCUGGCCGUGUUGGGGAAGGGCAGCUUCGGGAAGGUGAUGCUAGCGGAAUUAAAGCUCACAGAAGAACUGUAUGCUAUAAAGAUCCUAAAGAAAGAUGUAGUGAUCCAGGACGAUGAUGUGGAGUGCAUCAUGGUGGAGAAGAGGGUGCUGGCACAGCAGGACAAACCCCCGUUUCUCACCCAGCUCCACUCCUGCUUCCAGACUGUGGACCGUCUUUAUUUUGUGAUGGAGUUUGUGAAUGGUGGUGACCUCAUGUAUCACAUUCAGCAAGUGGGCAAAUUUAAGGAACCUCAGGCAGUGUUUUAUGCAGCAGAGAUCGCUGCCGGGCUGUUCUUCUUGCACAAGAAGGGAGUAAUAUACAGAGACCUGAAGUUAGACAACGUGAUGCUGGAUGCUGAGGGACACAUCAAGAUUGCAGACUUCGGUAUGUGUAAGGAGAACAUGUAUGAAGGUGUAAUGACGCGCACAUUCUGUGGAACACCUGACUACAUCGCCCCGGAGAUCAUCGCGUACCAGCCGUACGGCCGGUCUGUGGAUUGGUGGGCUUACGGUGUUCUGCUCUACGAGAUGCUGGCUGGACAGCCACCGUUCGAUGGUGAAGAUGAGGACGAGCUCUUCCAGUCCAUCAUGGAGCACAACGUGUCCUACCCUAAAUCCUUGUCCAAAGAAGCCGUGUCCAUCUGCAAAGGGCUGAUGACGAAGCACCCUUCCAAGCGUCUAGGCUGUGGUUCAGAAGGCGAGCGGGAUGUGCGUGAGCAUGCGUUUUUUCGCCGCAUCGACUGGGAAAGACUAGAGAACAGAGAGAUUCAGCCUCCAUUCAAGCCUAAAGUGUGCGGGAAGGGGGCCGAGAACUUUGACAAGUUCUUCACACGUACACAGCCACAGCUAACACCUUCAGACGAACUCGUCAUCACCAACAUCGACCAGUCGGAGUUUGCCGGCUUCACCUUCGUCAACCCGCAGUUUGUCCACCCGUCGCUCACCAACACAAUAUGAACGCGGAUCGAUCGAGGCUCCAGGAGUAACCCUACAUACAGUACACAACCCCAGGAAUGCCUCAUGCUUACUCUUUUCCUCGUCAUCUCUAAAAUAAUUUACAUUUCAACUCCAAGCAUUUUAAAUUACUUUCUAUUAUUUUCUUAUAGGAUUUCUACAAUUAUUCAGUUCAUCGUUUUAAUUUUAGGCCAGUCGGAGAGGAUGCUUUAGGCCAGUCAGGGAGGUAAAAGCGCUCGGAUGUUGCUGUCUAGUAUGGGUGUUUUUACACUAAACUGACCACUUAAUAUCAUAAAGCGUGUCCGUUUACGCUUUAUUUCUCUUAACAUGAAACCCUGUAAGAGAUGCAAAAACCUGUGCUUCCUGCUGUUUAUAGUCUAAUCCACGCUAGUCUUCCCAAUCAGGAAGCACAAAGCGGGGUUUUCUCAGAGCCGUGCGUCAAUUAUUUUCACCACUGAUAUGUCAGUUACCUUCGCUUGUGGUCUUGCUUUUUUUCUGAGCGCAGAUCGAGCUUCAUCGUGGAACUGCUGCGGAUAUUCAAAGUGAAAUGAUGAUUAAAAAUGAAAACUAUCGGUCUAAAAACAUUCGGUAUGGCUAGGUUAAAUAUGUAAAAGCUGCGCUCGCGUUACCGUUAAAUAAAUGCAGAUCUUUGACACAGAAGCAGAUACUAAAACAUUACGUCUUUAAGAAAAGAUAGUAUUAUUGUAUUCAUAUCCAUCUAGUUUCCUUUUCUGGCGUCAUCAUAUCUAUUCAAUACAAUUUCAGUCCUUGAUUUUAACCUAGGUUUUAUUAAACGCAUUAUUCUGUGUUAGUAUCGCUAACAUGACGCCGCUUGAUAACUUUAUGGUCUGCACGUAAAAUAGCAAAACCAAAUCACGGUCAGUUCGUAUUUCGUCUCGCUUCUUCGUCUAGCUGUAACAGUUUAGUGUUACAUUUUUAAGACGAAACUUUUAAGUCUUUUUAAUUCAAUCUUCUGUGUGUUUAACACAAACUGCAAAGCUGAAGCAUUUUUAAUAGGAAUUUGAAAAAUUAUUAUUGUUAUUUUUAUUUUUUUUUAUUUUUUUUUUCUAAUGAAAUGAAUAAUGAUGAAUUCAAAUGGAAUGAUGCGUUUGCAUACUUGUCAAACACACGUGACGUGUCGCAUGCUCCGAACUUUUAAUAACACCAGAGUAUUAUAUUGUUGCAACCACAAAAUGAUAUCUUUCUAUUAGUAUUUCCGAUUCCUUUCAAAUCGUUUUUCUUCCUGACCUGCUAGCGAUCAUUCAAUAUAAUCUUACAACAGUGUAUUAAUGAUUUUGUAAAUACUUCUAGGUUAUAUAAAAAAAAAUAGAGCGAGAUAAAGAGAUAGAGAGAGACAGAAUAUAGCAAGUAAAAAAAAUUUUAUACCAACAACUGAAUGUGUUUUUAUGACCUUUAGCUGAUAAAGAGUUCUCUAGACUCUAAAUGUCAGGUUUCUAGACUCAUCUUUUGUCAGAUUUCUGUCCUUGCACGAGUUUCAAUCAGCUCAUUUUAACUUUAGGAAAUUUAUCAAAUGCUUUAUGCAUCGUUUUAGUAACUUUUUUAGUCUGUCUUACCUGUUCCUUACUUGCUGAUUAAACUUUUAUAUACUUGUAUAUACAUGAACUAAUACACUACUGCUCAAAGGUUUGGAAUCACAUGACAUGACAUUUAAAUAUUACACUCUCAAAAAAAACAAACAAAAAAAAAGGAUAGUAAACUGUACAUUUCCUGAUCAGUGGAGUUUUAUCAAAUGGUGUCCAGCACAUAACCUUAAGGUCCAGUUGUGUACCGAUACACACUAAGGGUUCAAAUGAUGUAUGUUUAAAUGCAUGAUAGCACCACAGUGACGAGGGAAAAUACAGUUAGGUAUUCCUGAGCAUGGAUCGUUUUAUACAAAUAAGCUGUAGAAAUGUUAAAAUAGCUAUCUUCUUAAAGCUAAUAACUUUCUUUAUUUGGAUUUUGGGAAUUGUGAAUAUUUCAAAUCGGAUUAGUCUUUACAGCUUUCUCCAAAAGAAAAGCGUGCAACGUAAUACGAUGGUUAUUUUCUAGCUUUAUAAUUAGAUGGAUUUGUUAACAUUACCGAUAACUUUCAUUUCCGUGAUGAUCUCAGACUUUUAAGCAGUAGUGUAUGUAUGCGAGAGAACUAAAACCACAGUUACAUCUUUGUGUAAUUGAACUUUUUCUGUACUAAGGUUUACAUCACAGCUUUACCUGCUUAAAAUCAACCGGUGUGCUGGACGUCAGCACAGACGCUUUAAAAACAACCCCACGUGUUUUUUCCAAACAUGUCUGGAACAGGCUACUGUAUAUUGUUUGUGAGAGUUGAUUGGUUGUAAAAGUGCGAGCUGAUUGGCUGCUGUGGUCCUGCGGUUGCCUCGGCUCUUCCAGGUGCAUGCUGGUUACGCUAAAGGUAUGCACAUGGAAACGUCACUAAAACAGACACACGUAUACGGUAUGGAUAUUCUUAUAUACUUAUAUAUACAUAAAGUGUGCAUGACUGAAGCAUUCCAGAUCACACAGCAUGGACUUAAUGUGGCGAAAAGAUAUCUCAUGUGAUUGGAUGUUUUUUGUCCUCUGUCGGUCUUAACAGUAAUGAAAAUGUUGAAUUUCUUUAAGUCUCGUCCUUUAUAUUUAUGUCGUAUGGAUUCUUCACACUACCAAGCUUAACAUUUCUAACAUGUGAUCUUAAGGGAAGAUCUGAAAACAGUUUAGUUAUCAUUAUUAGAUUAUUUUGGUCAUCGUCUUCAUAUAGGCUAACUUUCAGCACCAGCUAUAGGGAAGCGUAACAGUCUCCAUGACAACAUUAUACUGUAGCUGCUUCAUCCUAUGAUCGUCAUGUACAGGCACUUGGCUGAUUAGUAAUUAGAUGAUACGUCAUGAUUCUACACACAAACGGAAGAGAAUUAUUGUGAUUAGACAGUUCUCCCUAUAUAAGCAGAAUAUCAGGUAGGAAGUAUUACUCUGAUGGAGUCUUAUACUUUCACACCAAAGCAUUUCUUUUCCUGAUUUAUAGUUAAAGUACAAGUUAUAUUAAAGGUAGGGUGACAUUGAGCAAAUCCAUUUCGUUGGAAGAGAUUUUAACCAAGAAGUAAUCAAAUCAGGUCCAAUCACCAUUUAGACCCUUAAAAACCCACUUAAACUUUUUCAUUAAAUUGAUAAAGGGGGGGGGGGGGGGCACGGUGGCUUAGUGGUUAGCACGUUUGCCUCACGCCUCCAGGGUUGGGGGUUUGAUUCCCACCUCAGC